AUGGUUUCCAAACCGCCUCCAGCUCAGGCGCAACCCUCCAACUCGACAUCUCCGCCAGGCACAGGCUCUAUUCCUUACGCUCCCUCUGCUCAUCAGGAAGUUUCGUUUAGUGGCCAACCUGUGAACUCGAUCAUAUCUUUCCAGCACAUUUCAGUUUCACCACCUUACCAGAAGUACUCUGCAGACGAACUCAGACUGGCGGAUUAUCAGGCAAACAGAAGAUAUACUGGGUCUCUGAGUGGUACGAAAGUUUCCAAUCCAUCUACUUUGGGAUCAAGCACAAUUGGGGCCGUCAACGGUACGGCAGCUGUCUCAACGCCGAAGGAGACCACUGGAAGCCUAUUCGGAACCAGCAGCACUGGUGGUGGGAGUUUAUUUGGAGCCAAAGCUCCCGCCAGUCUCUUCGGCAACAAUAGUGGCGUUAACCCUGGUGCAAUUGGGAGUGUCAAGAUCAGCGAUACACCUAGCAUCACCUUUGGGAGUAAUAGCACUGGUGGCGGAAGUUUAUUUGGAGCCAAAGCUCCCAUCAGUCUCUUCGGCAACAAUAGUGGCGUCAACUCUAACGCAACUAGGAGUGUCCAGAUAAGCGAUACACCUAGCAUCACCUUUGGGAGCAAUAGCACUGGAGGUGGAAGCUUAUUUGGAACCAAAGCUCCCGUCAGUCUCUUUGGCAACAACGGUGUCGUUAACAGUGGUGCAACUAGCAUCUUCAAAGCUAACAACACUACCGGUGGCAUCUUUGGAGGUAAUACUGCUCAGAUCAAGUUGUCUUCGCAGCCCUUCACGCCUACACCUUCUGCAAAUACUUCUACUCCUACCACGAAUCAGUCUUUCUUUGGCACAUUGAGUCUGCCCGUGGUGACUACCUCUACCCAACAGAGCGCUUCUCAUACGUUUUCGAGCCCCGGUACCGCCUCAACCAAGCAACAACCUACUUCUCAUCCUGUCUCGGCCAUGCUCUCCAGUACCAUGACACCUAACAGAGACCGCCGUUCAACAUCGGCGACCGGAUCGGAAUCCAAGAGCGCCAGUACGGACCAGGAAAGUAGUAGUAAGGAGGGAAGCGAUGCCACCAGCGAUUACGAAUCGGCAAAGCCAGUCCGCAAGUACGCCAAGGCAAUCGCCAAAACUGCCGGUGGUCGGAAACCGUUUACUCAAUACGGCCUGCUUGGUGGAGAUAUUGGCUCCCUUGAAUCAGAGGAGCCAGCCAACCGGGAUCCGCGCGUGUUCUGGAAUAUCGCAGCGCCUUCCAGCUUCUUCAUUUGUGGCAGUCAAGGCUCCGGCAAGAGCCACACGCUCUCCUGUCUGCUAGAGAACGCGAUGACGCCAUGCGAAGCAAAUGUUCUUCCGCAUCCACUGACUGGAAUUGUCUUCCAUUAUGACACUUUCAUAUCCGACACCGGUGGAUCCCCCUGCGAAGUGGCCUGGUUGUCUUCUAAUCCAAAGAUCCAAGUGCGCGUGCUAUGCCCACCGACAAAUAUCCGGACAAUGCGCAAGCUAUACAGCAGAUUCCCCAACAUCAUGAUCGAGGAGCUUCGCCUCAACCAGUCGGAUCUGGACACCAGGCGUAUGCUUGACCUGAUGGCAGUCAGCUCCGGUACCUCCAUGCCGUUGUACCUCCAUGUGCUCAACCGUGUGCUACGUGAUUUGCGCAUUGAGCAGCAAGAAAGGGACGGCGCCUUCGACUAUACCGCCUUUAAGCACAACAUGUUUCGUCAAGAGCUUACGGAUCAACAGCUCGCUCCGCUAAAACAGCGGCUUGACACUCUGGAAAGCUUUAUGGUUGAGCAACAUGCUAAGGCAUACGAACAUGGCCGUGAACCAAAAUCCAACAAAUCGACCAGGGCAAGCAGAGGCAACGACUGGACCCCUCGUCCUGGUAUGCUUACUAUUGUCGAUCUUUCCUGUCCCUGCGUAACCGCAGAGAUGGCCUGUUCAUUGUUCAACAUUUGCUUGUCUCUCUUUCUUGAACAGGACUGCAACAGCAUCGGGCGUGUUAUUGCGCUUGAUGAGGCUCACAAAUACAUGAGCUCGGACACUGGUUCGGCUGAGUGUCGUACCUUAACAGACCGUUUGCUUGAGACCAUCCGCCUCCAGCGUCAUCUUGGAGCUCGAGUCAUCAUCUCUACCCAGGAGCCCACCAUCUCACCAAAACUCCUCGAUCUAUGCAGCGUCACAAUCGUGCAUCGGUUUACCAGUCCCGACUGGUUGAGGGCCCUGUCUAAACACUUGGCGGGUGUGAGCAAGGGCGGGAGGAUGUUGGAAAAGGCUUUGGCGAUAAACCAAAACAUGGCUGAUGAUGUGUGUAUCGAGAAUGCUGGCGUUAACUCGUUGGCUCUGGACUAUAGCGAUCCUGCCAUGGAGCUUUUCUCCAGAAUUGUAGCUUUGCGAGUUGGUGAAGCAUUGAUAUUUGCACCGAGUGCAAUUAUAGGAGUGCAGAAGGCCAUUCCUCGACCUCCGUCUACCUCGACACCUGCACCCAAGCCUGUCGCUGGAUCUGGCCCUAUUUCUCAUGCACAAAACCAACCCAUCAACGCCGUCGAGCGGCCUACCACUGACACGACAGAUGAUGACGGUUUGCAAGUCCAGCCCGGGUCAGUCAAAUCAGGCCAGCAAUCCGCUAGCGAUAAGCAACACCAGAAGACCGUAACCUCUGUCAUCGCUACCUCGAGUGGAACCGAGAAACUCGCCUCUCCCACUCCGGCGGCGUCACCUGCGACGGUCAAGCGGCUGGCCCACGGCGUGCUCAAAGUGCGUAUCCGUAAUAGGACUACCGCCGAUGGAGGCCGGAGCAUUAUGGCUGCCUAG